AUGAGGGACGAAUUCGCCGUCGAAUUUCCCGAGCUGGCAGGGCUCGUCAAUACAAGGAGGCCGGAUGAGAGGCAACCGCGAAACGACGGUCUCUAUAGCUCCAAGCUGCAAAUGGAUGGACUUUCCAAAUCUAUGUUAGAUGCUGUUGACGAGCCCACAAGGCAGCCUGACACGCCGACGGCGGUGUCCAUCACUUCUUCCGAAGAAGCUCUCCUGUUGAGCAACGGCAUCAAUGGCGGUGGACCAGAGUCUAUCGGUACUUCGAACCAUAGCGGUUCCCAUGAUUCUCUACAAGGCGGCCUUUCCUUCGACGAGUCACCGAUGUCGGUGCCGCCCCCUCUCGUAUUUGCCUGGCAGUCUGGACAAUUGGCAAGCUCGAGUUGUCCUAUCAGAAUCAGAAAACGCGAGAACGCUCGAAACACCGCGACAGGGAACGGCUCCAUGUACCAAUAA